ACAGCUUUUCAUUACCUAUCUUACCUGUCUAACACAGUACCGCAUCAAAAUCAUUCGUUCUCUUACGUCUUUCGCUUCCGACCGUGAUAAGGAAUCCCGAUAUAGACGUAACACGGCUUAAUACGGCACGGGUGUCUCAGUACAACAUCUUCGAGAAGGAGCAAGGAGCAUGACGAUCCAGACCCGCAACCCAAACUUCCAGAGCCGAAGUCAUUCAUCCUAGCAUUUCCCCCUAGCCUCCCCCAGGCUCCCCCAGCUUCCCCAGCACCUGCCAUCCAAGUGCCCAGCCAUUACUCGCAUAAUCCUCCACUGAAUGAAACCCUUCCCCAGUGGCUCCAUCCUAACAUAUAUUUCCCGACUUGACUCAACUCUAACCUAGGUUGACCCUCCACUACCGUGGCUUGACUACACAACAUGUCUUCCCUCGAGGCCAAGAUCGUCGUCCUCGGCUCCCAAGGCGUGGGCAAGACAUCGCUAGUGACGCGGUAUUGUAAAGGCGCCUUCAAUCCCGCCCAGAAUACUUCUACCGUUGGCGCUAGUUUUAUGACCAAGAGGGUCCUAGACGGUGACACUGACACUGUCGUCCGAUUACAGAUAUGGGAUACAGCUGGACAGGAACGAUUCCGCUCGAUAUCGCGGCUCUACUACCGCGGAGCUAACGCCUGCAUCCUCUGCUACAGCAUCACCGACGCCCAGUCCUUCGCCGAGAUGGGCGUGUGGCUAACGGAAUUACGCCGUAAUCUGCCACCCGAUAUCGUUCUCCACGUAGUAGGAACCAAGGCCGACAUCGUCGCCCGCGACCCCACGCGUCGCGAAGUGCCUUUCGAACGGUGCAUAGCAUACGUCGCCGAGAACCUCGCUCCAGGCCUCGGAUCGACACCACCACCAACCGCAGCGCCAUCAGGUCUAACUGCCCUAUCACUGGGACCAGGCGUAAGCCAGUCGAGCGUAGUAGUCACGCCCGCCGCGUCGAGCGCCCAGGAACCGCGUAGCCCGAGUAGUAAGCGAAGCAGCGGGUUCUGGGGCCAAGAAGUAGGUUGGGACGCGUGCCACGAGAUCAGCGCCGAGAGCGGCGAGGGCGUGGAAGAGGUAUUCCGGGUCGUGACGCGCAAGCUCGUCGAGCAGAACCGCAAGAUGCAGCAGGCUAUCCUAGCCGCCACCGCGACCCCCGGUACCCCUGGGUACGAGAGCGGUAUGGAUGGGGGGUACUUCGACGGCGCGAAUCCCCGCGGUAGCUUCCGCGUCGGCAGAGAUCGUCGGAGUUGGCUGUUUUCCUCCCCAAACUUCUCGCCAGCUGUUACGGUGGAAAAUCCGAAUGCGGGCGGUGCAGAGCAGCAGAGGCAAGGGGAGGAACAGGGACGGAGGGGGAGACGGUGUUGUUGAUGGCCCAGAUAUCUUAAUGGAACUACGAGGAACUACGAAAGCAUAGCGUAUUCUUAUUCAACGGCCAUCGUAUAAAGGCGGCCAUCUACA